ACAGCGCGACUUUUACCCGGAAAAUACUGACUGUAGCACACACAAACCGAGUCAAAGGUCCAAACAGGAGACUUAGGAGGGGUUUUAAUAAAUUCUUCCACUGUGCGACUUCAUGUUCAGUAUUGCAUGACCUACAGGGUGAUGUUGCGGAGUGUAUUCAGGUGCCUGAGGACCAAUCUUGUUGCUGGCCAAAGAAGUAUGUCUCAGAGUAGCCUUGCUGGAAAGGUGGCCAUAGUCACUGCCUCAACAGAUGGAAUCGGUUUAGCAGCAGCUCAGGCUCUGGGGAAGAGAGGAGCUCACGUGGUGGUGAGCAGCCGGCAGCAGGCCAACGUGGACAAAGCUGUGGCUCUGCUGCAGGGUCAGAGCAUCACGGUGACCGGGACCACCUGUAACGUCGGCAAAGGAGAAGACCGAGAGAAACUGGUUCAAAUGACUCUGGAUCAGUUUGGCGGUAUUGAUAUCCUGGUGUCCAACGCAGCAGUGAACCCUUUCUUUGGGAACACCAUGGACUCCACAGAGGAAGUCUGGGACAAGAUCCUGUCUGUAAAUGUGAAAGCAGCUGUUCUCAUGACUCAGCUGGUGGUGCCUCAUAUGGAGAAGAGAGGAGGCGGAAAUGUGAUAUUUGUGUCAUCCGUCGGUGGAUACCAGCCGAUGCAGGGUCUGGGUCCUUACUGUGUGAGUAAGACGGCUCUGCUGGGUCUGACCCGGGCGCUGGCCCCUGAGCUGGCUCCCAGCAACAUAAGAGUCAACUGUGUGGCUCCUGGAAUCAUCAGGACCCGCUUCAGCUCUGGGUUGUGGGAAAAUGAAGACAUCAUGGAUGAGUUCAAAAAGAAGCUCUGCAUUAAAAGAAUCGGAGAGCCGGAGGAAAUCGGCGGCGUGAUCGCCUUCUUGUGCUCUGAUGAAGCUUCCUACAUCACUGGAGAGACCAUCGCCCCGACCGGAGGGAUGGCCGGCCGACUCUGAGCUUCACUGGAGGAAAAAACACUUUGCACUUGAUUGUUUUUGUCCCUGCUAAUAUCUCAAUAAAUUACAAUAUCACGGAAAAGUCAAUUUCCAGUAGUUCAAGUCAAAUAGCCACAACCACAUAUUGAGUCAUAUACAGUAUGUGACAAAAAAGAUGCAAAAUUAUGACAAAAAGGACACAAAUUAUGACAAAAAGGACAAAAUUAUGACAAAAAAGACACAAAAUGAUGACAUGAAGUAGGUGGCGACAUACUUGUUAUUCAAGACGCAAGGCCUUGUGGGAACUCAACUCUGAUAGCAUCAUGUGAGAGGGGAACAUGUAAAUAAGUGGGGUCUGUCCUGAUGUGAUGCACAGGGCAGGAAUAUAGGGCCGCAUUGAGUCUUGCUGAAGAGCCAAUGCUGAAAAGUGCAACAGUCAUAAGUUGUGCGGUGUACGGCGCUUUGUUGUACCAUAAAAGAGCCAUUCGGGAUUGUUCGGUGUAUGGAAUACAAAUGUGAUAAUAAAACUUGCUGAACAGA